AUGGCCAAAGAGCCUUUAUCUCUGUGUGUCCUGAACAAGACAUUAAACAGAACUGAGAAUAAGCUACAAACUAUACAGUCACAAUAUGUUGUAUUAGAUUCUGGCAUUCAGAAACUAUCAGAUAAAUUUGACUUUUGGAAUACAGUUCUAGAGCAAGAUGAGAUGUGGACAUCACUUCUAGAAGACAGGUUUAAUUCUGUGGAGAUAAACCUCUUCUAUAGCUAUAUCUGUGAAACUAUUCAGUACCUACAUUCUCAAGUGGUAGAAAGCAUUCCUGAUCUUGCCAGAGUAUUGCCUACACUAUCAUCUGUUCUGAGGAGGAAAGAUAAAAACAAAAGAAUUAAGUCAGCAUGGGAAUCGGCACUGGAGAUAUUGGGACUCCAGGAAGAAGAUGUUAAAGUAUUCUGUACAUUUUUCAUUACCUACAGCCAGGAUGCAAACUACUUCCCUGAUAAACUAAGGCAAGAUUAUACCCAAGACAUCCAAUCUGUUGUAAACAAAGUGGUGAAUAAUCAAGUCCUUCAUCAUAGCCUAUUAUGUGCUAUUAAUAUAGUGGAAAAUAAGAAAGUUUGA